UUGACAUAAAGCGACAUCAAACUGUCAAUUUCUCUGCGAUAAUAGCUUGUAAAACUUUUUCGAUUUCUAUUUAUAAAAGUUUAGUUUAAGAAAGCUGUGUUGCUGUUAACUUCAUCUGCGUCAAUAUUACUCCUCGAAACAGUCAACAUGGCGGCUGUAGACAAGCUGAAAGAACUAAACAUCACCGUGGAUGAAAUCGACAGACUGUCAAAAGCUUUCAAAGACGAGAAAUUCAAGGAGAUGCUGUUCGAUUACGCCCAUGAGUUAUCAGACCCUGAAAAUAAGAAAAGGUAUGAAGAGGAGAUCAAACUUCUGGAGCAGGAGAGAGGAAACACGAUUGAAUUCAUCCACCCGAAACCGUCCAGGGUUCUCAAGACGAGUGUGAACGGCAAGCAAAAGUGUUUUAUCAAUAUCUGCAGCAAUGACAAAGUUGGGAAACCUGAACGUAAAUGGGGGGUGUCCGAUGAAGGGCGCAGGGGACAAUGCUGGGCCCUGCCCCACAGUCUGCACCCAGGGAAGCAGGACACAGAUCCAAAGGGGAACAAGAUCAUGAUCUAUGACGUCAUCUUCCAUCCUGACACUCUCCACCUUGCGAGCACAAACAGAGGAUUUACCAAUAUGGUGGACAGCACAGCCAUUCAGGGAAUCCAGGAUAAUUUUAAAGUGACUCUGGAUAAAAACAACGUGAGGGAGAUCAAAUCAAAAUACAAAGGCCUGCCACAGCCCUGUGUCAUCCGAAAACCCAUACCUGGUUAUAAAAUGCCAUCAGAGGAGCCAGACCCUCUUGCAUUCCCAUACCCAGAUGAAAAGAGACCUACCCCGCAAACUAAGCCCACAAAAUCACCUGCAUCAAAAAACAUAAACGAGGCUACACCUAAAAGCAUCCCGCCUCAGAAAGUCAAAGAGCCUACAAAGCCAAACUACACCGUUAAAUAUCGAUCGUUUACGGAUAUACAGGACUUCAGAUAUGCUCGAGACUCGGCCCAAAGCCCCAGGCCCAAAGAGAUAGUGGUUACCAUCGACAUGCCUCUUCUGAAGGCCGCCACAGAGGCCAGCCUCGAGGUGAAAGAGUGUCGGCUGAUGCUGCUGGAGUCCAAGAAACCAGCCUAUAGACUGGAGUUGCCCUUAGCUUAUCCUGUGGAUGAAGAUAAAGGAGAGGCCAAGUUCAACAAACAGAAACAACAGCUCACAGUCACACUGCCUGUUCUCCCUUCUAAGGAAGCUUUUGAUUUUCAUCUAGGGCCUGCUCAGAGUAGUAUUAGUGAUGAUGAGAGGCAAGAGGAGAAUACUGAGAUGGAAGAGGAGGAAAAAUGCAUUGAGGAGGAUUUGAGAAACCAGACAAGGGAGGAGGAAGUUGAAGGAGAGAGAGGUCAGGAGAUAGGAGAGGAGCAGAUGAGCGAAGGCCAGGAAUCUGUAGGAGAGAAGGAUACGUGGAGAAAGCAGAAGAGGGAAGGAGAAAAUACUCAAGAAGAGGAAAUCAGUGUGGAGGAGGAGGCAGAAUGCAAAGAAGUGAAAGAAAAAGGCCAAGAAGGUGUGGUGGAGGACAAAUUGAAAAAGCAGAAGGAAGAAAGUCUAAUAGAAGUUGGAGACUUUAACCUAGAGAAAAAUGAGACCCAUGGAGAUAAAAAUGAGACCCAUGGAGAUAAAAAUGAGACCCAUGGAGAUAAAAAGGAUCCCGUUCUUACGGGUUUUGAGGACGACACUGUUGAUGCUUCUGCUGAAGGAGAGAAUGCAUUACCUGUGGAGGACGAGCUUGUGGCCUCACCUGAAACAGAAAACCAGCCUGUUUUAAUCCCUGCUGAACAUUCAAGAUCCAUAGGAACAGAGGGAGGAGUACAUCAGAAUUCUUGUUUGGAGUCACCACCUAAACUGAAGACUUCAGACAUCAACACGGCGACUGAAAAGAAAAAUGAUCAUGUAAAUGGAGAUGAGGUGGAAGAUGCGUCAUUUCUAUAUGACAGAUCCGGUGAGGAAUCCCAAACCUUCUUAGACGCUAACGCUGAAAACAACAUAAAGGGGUGCGACAUUCCCCAGGAGUCCAGCGAGAUGCCUGCAGCAGAGGAAGCAACCAAGUCAAGCAGAGGAGAUUCGGAAGACGGUGCCCCCCGCUUCCCUGAGGAAUCGAGGGGGGGCGUGGAUGAAGACGACCUGCCGACGGAGCAAAUCUUCCGGCCUAAGAGCAGGACACCACCUGCGUUAUUGAGGGAGAUUGAUGAAGAUGGGAAUGAAACGGUCAUCAGCGAUCAUUCCACAUCUGCUGGGUUCAUCUUUCAAAACUCCCUGAUGUUUGAGCUGGACUGAGGAGAGUGUGCAAAAGUUUUGUAAUGCCAGUAUUUAUAGGGAAUCUGCAGU